AUGAUCUGCGAGAUUUCUAAUUAUCUCAUGUUUAUUAUAAUAAUCACAAUCACAUUGUGUCAGGUUGACAAGCCAGCUGUCGAAAAUGUUCAGGGACCUAUAACAGAGGUGGAAGGCGAGAUUCCGCCAGAAGACAAAGAUUUCAUAUAUUACAUGGUUAUUAGCAUAUUCAUUAUCUCCAUUUUUGCUUCAACAAUUCUCAAUGGCAUUAGUUUAACUAUAUGUAUAGUAUUCUGGAGGACAUUUGAGAAGCUGCCAUUUUUCUGGAUUCUCACCCAAUUAACUUUAUUUGUUUUCAUAUCAUCAUUAUUAAAUUUGGUUAUUAAUAUACCAGUAACCCUGUUUACAUCGCUAACCGUUGAAUUUGUGCGAUCAGACCUUUUCCUAGCAUUCUCCUAUAUCAUCGAUUUCUGUACAUAUGGGGUUCUAUUCUCAAACUUCGUCAUUGCAAUUCAACGAUUUUUCGUCUUCUGGCUGCCCAAAGAUAUUCAAGAGGCGUUUCAGACACCUUUCAUCAAAAUUUGGCUGGUUGCAAUAUGGCUUCUGGCACUCAUCAUUGAUUUAACCAUGUUUCUCAACAAAUGCACAUAUCGAUAUAAAUCGGACAUUCAGAAGUACUCGUUGAACUGCGUGAGCCCAUCGAAAUACGUUUUAUCCAAUCCAUACGCUAUUCAAGUGCUGGAAUUGGUAAUUCAAAUCAUGUUACCAAUUAUCAAUUUCAUAAUUUAUAUUGCAAUUAUCGCAAGAAUCAUUUAUAUGAAGCAAGCGCUUCUGAACAAGCAGGAGGUCAAAAUUCUGAAACAAGCCGUUAUUUUGUUCAUAUUCUUUCAAAUAAGUUCCGGCGUAUUUCUAUACUGUCAAACAUUUAAAAUCGAGCUGAGCACCGCAUUUCUAGUGAAAAGGAUCAUAAAUACGGCAAACCUGCUAGCCGGCGUCGCCACUCCGCUAUUUUUCUUCGCCACUUCCAACGAAAUUCGAAAAAUAUUCCAAAGAAGAGUUUCUGCGACCUCGUCUGGGAACAAUUCAACAACGAAGAACUCGAAGCCAACACUUCGAUCGCAGUCACCUGCGAAUAAAAAUUAA